AUGCCCUCCUGGAAGCGCAUCCGCCUGCAGACCGCCGAGGACCUGGAACAGUCCUUCGACCUCAUCACAUCCUACAUUCACAGACCGUCCUUAGCGUCCACUGUCGAGGAACUCUCCUUCGACCGCAUCAGAAACUACAUCCGCUUCGAUGACCCUUCCAAUCCACCACCCCUAUGCGGCGGCGGCCGCACAACCGAUUAUAGCGCCAUGGUCUCCCUUCGCCUCAACUCGCCACUAUCACCCAGCGAAGUCCUCCUCAACCGCUCUGUCCACGCCCUCCCCAUGCCAGACUCGCAGAAACAGCGCGUAAGUACCGCAAUCCUCUGGAAGUCGCAGAAUCGCGCCCCCGAUCCAACCGACAGGCGGGAGGUCAGCAACUACGUCUACUAUCGCCACGAUGAGCACUACGAGUAUGCUUCCGCGGUCUUUGUGCUCCUGUGUCUCCUGGCGCCGAAUCUCCAACAAAUCAGCACGAUUCCUCCAGCAGACCUACCAUCAGAGUUUCUGCGAGCAGCGAAUCGUGGAAAAUUGGCUCAGGGGUCCUCUGUGCUCAGCAAACUGUCGAGGGUGAAAAUCUUCACGAGCACACACCGCCACAUCGUAAACGACCCACGCUUCUACCACCGCACGCCCGUGCUCAGCUCCUUCCGGCAUUUCGACCGCUUUCCCAACCUAAAAUCCCUCAGCACUCAAGCGAUUGAACCAUGGGAAGACGACGAUCUGUCCACAAUCCCACCUGGCCUUUCCACCGUGAAGAACAUCUCAGUCACAAACUCCGGCAUGGACAGCGAGUUCAUGGGCACUCUGAUUCGCAUGCCGGCUGAGCUGGAGAGCAUUACGCUGACUACUGGAGGGAGGAGUGUUGAGAGGGGCCAUACGUUCAUUCAGUACCCUAAAACACUGGGGAAAUGUCUGGAGCAGCAGAGGGAGACGUUGAAGUAUAUUGACUUGGAUUUUGAUCAGUACCUACGCGCGUAUAAGUUCGAGCCGCCGGAAGUGGAGGCGGAGUUAGGGGCGGAGCCCAGAUAUGAUCAUUUUGACGAUUCCGACAAACAAGACGAGUUGGAAGAGGAUGCCCAAGCCGACCUUGAUCUCGUUGCCGACAAAGCGGAAAGCUUGCGUAGGGGACAUGUCCUGCACUCGCGAGACCUCCCUAACACGAAAUCCUAUGGUCUCACGAUAGGCAGCUUUCGUGACUUUCAUGGGUUGAAAGUGCUGAGAAUCGGAAUCAAAGCCCUCCUUGGGCCUGUAUAUUAUCGUCGGGACCUACCAUCAGGGGAGAUCAAGACGAACGCGGAGGGAGAGAAGGAGGUGAUGAAAACGUGGAACUUGGGACUUGCGGACAUGCUGCCAGGAGGACUGGAAGAGCUGGCUGUGAGGGGAUACAAGACCGGGGAGAAUGCUUUAUGGGAUAAGGAGGUGGACAAUCUAAAGCAGGUGAUCAGGGAGGGCGGCUUUCCGUAUCUUCGGACUGUGAAGGGUUUAGAUGGUGGUAAUGGCGGGCAUGAGGAAGGAAGCGUGGGAAGCGGGGAGGAUGUGAACGAUCCGGAUAAUAACGAGGAUGACUUGACAGUCGUAGAGGAGGAACAGGGAUGGGUUGAGGCAGAGAGCUAG